AUGGCUCCACCUUCCCCUUUUCUUGAGCUCAGUGGAGAUGGCGGAGAUCAUGAUCAUCAAUACCACCAUCUCUUCAAUCUAGAACCUCAAACUUCUUUCUCUUCUUCCUCUUUUUCCAGCCCCAUAUUCUUAACUCCAUCUCAAGCCCAAGCACCAUCCGAUCACUAUAGAGAACCACAAAACUUUCAAUUCCAACUCCUAGAGGCUGAUCAUCAUAACAUUGUCUCGUAUGGCGGAUCAUGUGAUCACGACCCUCAAACCCUCGAAAACGAAAGUGGCAGUGGUACUAUUCUGAAAUUAAGCAUUUCCAAGAAUGGAGCUGGCAGAAAUGGAAAUCCAAGUACUGAUAAGUGGAUGUCUUCAAAGAUGAGGAUGAUGAAGAAGAUGACAAACCCGGAUCAAACUUCGAGCUGCUGUACAUCCAGCGAUGAUAAACCAGUUGCAAUGAAGUUAUCAAUAUCACACAAGUCUGAAGAGCAGAAGCCGCAGCAUCCUGACAUGAUCAGCUGCAGCAACAAUUCGUCAAACAACAUGAACAACAACGUCCCAAUUAUUAGGGUUUGCUCUGAUUGCAACACUACUAAGACACCUCUAUGGAGGAGCGGACCAAGAGGCCCCAAGUCACUUUGCAACGCCUGUGGAAUUCGGCAAAGGAAGGCAAGGCGGGCCAUGGCAGCUGCUGCAGCGGCAGCAAGCGGCACAACCCUGGCUGCUGCGCCACCUAUGAAGAGUACUAGUAAGGUGCAACACAAAGACAAUAAACCAAGAGUUGCUUCUACUGUCCCGUUCAAGAAAAGGCCGUACAAUAAACUCAGCUCAACCCCACCAUCAAAAGGCAGACCACCGAAGAAGCUUUGUUUUGAGGAUUUCGCAAUAAGCAUGAACAAUAACCAUUCAUCAUCUGCCACUACCACCAACACUUCUAGCCUUCAACGAGUUUUCCCACAAGACGAGAAGGAAGCUGCGAUCCUGCUCAUGGCUUUAUCUUGUGGACUUGUUCAUGGUUGA